AUGGGUAUUGGGGAUGAGCUGAUUUACCACCUCCAUCAAUCAACAAGGGCUAGGCCACCACAACCACGAUCAAAUAAAAAAAGGUUGUGGACGCGGGAACAUUUCACCAAGGUUGACGGUGAUCCCGAGGAACCGCACCCGGCUUGCAACCAUUGUGGCCAAGAAGUUGGAUGUCAUUCAAAGAAACAAGGCACCGCUUGUUUGGUAUCACAUCUAAAUGGUUGCCAGAGGUAUAAGAUAGCGAAGAGAUUGGCGGCCAAAGAUCAGACAAAGCUAAGUUACAAAACUUCUAUUGUGACUGAUGGUACGCAACUUAAGAAAAUAGUUAUCCCUCAAUACAGUGAGAAGAUGUUGAGAGAUGCGCUUGCCGAUAUGAUGAUUGAAGAUGAGAUGCCUUUUACUACAGUUGAGAAAAGAGGAUUCCGAAAGUUUAUCAAGCUCAUUGAGCCACAAUUCCCAUUACCAUCAUAG